AAAUGCUUAAAGUUGCAAAUAAAAUGCAUUUUUUUUUUUUUUUGGUUUUACACAAUUCCACCCACAAAAAUCACAUUAAACUAUAAAAAAAAACAGAAAACAUAAAAAACAAACAAGAAAAAAUAGAAGAAAAAACAUUAACAAUAAAGAAAGAGAGGCUUUGAUAAGUAGGCUAGGCUAUACGUUGCAGCAACAACACACUAACGGUUGUUUGGGAUUUGUCAUUGUUGUCAGACGAUGGUUGCUGCUGCCGCUGUUGUAACUUCUUUUUUUCCCUCUUUUCUUUUUUGCAACGCCAAAAGACAAUAGAAAGAUUUGUCUUUGCUGCAAUAACUGGCAGCAGCAGCAGCAGCAACAUUAGCCAGCCUGCCUGCCGCAGCAACAACAAUUGUUUUUCUUUAUGAGCAUUAGCAUUAUGCUCCCUCCCUCUACCUUGUGUAGACACAUAAAGAAAAAAUUGCAUUUACAUGGGCCAAAGAAAGAGAAAAGAAAUGAGGCGUAGGGAGACAAAGGCCACGCCUACUUUGGCAUAACUUCAACAGAAGCAACAUCAGCAACAUCUUCGAUAACAGCAACAGCAGCAGCAGCAGCAGCAGGCACAUCAUAUUUGAGGAGGCAUCCACAUCUCUGAGACUAAUGGGUUUUGCCAGCAGUCAUUAACUUUAAGGAGGUUUUUUAAGCUUGCUUUUAGGUUUUUUUUUAGGUUUUUUUAGGUUUUUUUUUUAAGUUUAAACUACUUGAUUAAGAGGCGGUGAUUAAAAAUCAUUGAAGCUUUGAGAGAGCUAUUAUUUUGUUAGUAAAAGAGAUUUAAAAUAAUGAUUACUUUAUCAAAAUAAACACAUAAUAACAUUAGCAGGGAAAGCCUUUCGGUUUUUUUUUAAUAUUCGUAAUUAAUAUUUAAUUAUAAAGGAAAUAUUUUUAAAGAGUUUAAAAACUUUAAGAGCUAAAUUGCAAGCUAAAAAAGCACAAACUACUUUUAUUAAAUUGCUUUAAAAUCUUAAAACUUAUGUUAAAAAGUAAUUUAACUUUUUUAGCUCCCUGAAAAUAGCAAACAUUUGCUUAGAGAAAAGUUUGUUUUUGUUGAAAAUUUCUAUUAAAAGUCAUAAAUAUCCCAAUUUUAUUCGAUUUGUAGCCUUAAUCGGCAGAGCAUAGUCUUAAUUAACAUUUGGCACGCAUCAGCCACAAGCAGCGGGCUAUAAAUUAAUGCACUAAAAAUAAAAACUAAGACUUUUAAAAGUUAAAAAAAAGAAUUUUCCAACAAUAACAAGUUCUUUCUCUGAUAUUUCCCCUUAAAAAAAAAGUUUUCUUUCUUUAAGUAAAAAUCUAAAAGAAAAAUCUAAGAAUUAAAAAACAUUUCCUAACCAUUUCCCAACCAUUUUCUCUCUCUGCCACACAACCGUUGCUGCAAGCCAGCACAUUUUCCUGGGUGUUGUUGCAGCUAAAUGAAAUUUGCCGCUAGUUGGCUAACGACAAGCACAAGGAAAGCACUAAACAACAGCAGGACGGUUUACAUCAAAUGAAGCAAAAUCAAGCUUAAAACAAGGAGCUAAGAUUAAAUCACAACGAAAUCAACAACAAUAGUUACUUUAUAAGCAAGUAAGGAUCGCCUAGAAUGGACCACUAAGAAGGCAAAAAUAUCAUAAAAGAUCUGCAGAAAAAGGAAAUCAUCGAAAAUCGCCUUAAACUCCAAACUUUCCAAAAGAGAAUUUCCCACAAAUAAUCCACCAACAUAACCCUAAGCUACCAAGCCACAAAAACCCAAAAGCAAAGCAACCUUGCCACUUUGCAAAAGUGCUUUGGGCUUAAAUCAGAGCCCCGCCAUGCACAAAAGAAAGAAAGGCUAGAACUUCGAGAGUAGAGUGAGAAGAAAAGUAGAGGAAAAUUACACAAAAUUAAACCAGCUACGAAAGGAAAACUAAACAUCAAGCAAUCACAAUCUAAAGCUAAUCACAACCCUAACUAGAAAGCCAAACAAAAUGGUGCUAAAUCUCCUUUUCAUAACCACUGUGAUCAAGUCAACGUUUGGCGUGGUGACCACAGGACUCUGGCUAAUACCCUUGAUGCUGGCUGCCAUAACAUACUAUCGCUAUGAUGCCGUAGAUCCCGAAUCAAGACCUUUAGAUCAACUAAAUCUAUAUCCAGAAUAUGAUUUUAUAGUGGUUGGCAGUGGUUCGGCUGGUGCUGUGGUGGCCAAUCGUUUGAGUGAGGUACGGAAAUGGAAAGUUCUGCUGAUAGAAGCCGGUCCAGAUGAAAACGAGAUCUCGGAUGUACCAUCGUUGGCGGCCUAUUUGCAGUUGAGUAAACUGGAUUGGGGCUACAAGACGGAACCCUCGACCAAGGCGUGUUUGGGAAUGCAAAAUAAUCGUUGCAAUUGGCCAAGAGGACGAGUUUUAGGCGGCAGUUCAGUACUUAACUAUAUGCUCUAUGUUCGUGGAAAUCGCAAUGAUUACGAUCAUUGGGCCUCACUGGGUAAUCCAGGCUGGGAUUAUGAUCAUGUUUUGCGGUAUUUCAAGAAAUCCGAAGAUAAUCGUAAUCCCUAUUUGGCUAAUAAUAAAUACCAUGGUCGUGGUGGAUUGCUAACCGUUCAGGAAUCUCCCUGGCAUUCACCAUUGGUGGCAGCCUUUGUCGAAGCCGGAACUCAAAUGGGCUAUGAGAACAGGGAUAUAAAUGGUGCCAAACAGGCGGGCUUUAUGAUAGCCCAAGGAACCAUAAGACGCGGUUCAAGAUGCUCCACGGCCAAGGCUUUCCUGCGACCUAUACGUUCGCGUAAGAACUUUCAUCUCUCAAUGAACUCCCAUGUGACCCGGAUCAUCAUUGAACCUGGCACAAUGAGAGCCAAAGCUGUGGAAUUUGUAAAGCAUGGCAAGGUCUACCGAAUAGCAGCACGCAGGGAGGUCAUCCUUUCAGCCGGUGCCAUUAACUCCCCUCAACUUAUGAUGUUAUCCGGUUUGGGGCCAAGGAAACAUCUGGAAAAGCAUGGAAUACGAGUAUUACAAGAUCUACCAGUUGGCGAGAAUAUGCAGGAUCAUGUGGGUAUGGGUGGACUUACCUUCCUAGUGGAUAAACCAGUGGCCAUUGUCCAAGAUCGCUUCAAUCCCACAGCUGUUACUUUUCAAUAUGUGCUACGGGAACGAGGACCUAUGACCACUUUGGGUGGCGUUGAAGGACUUGCCUUUGUCCAUACACCCUACUCCAAUCGCAGUCUCGACUGGCCGGAUAUACAGUUCCAUAUGGCACCUGCUUCCAUAAACUCCGAUAAUGGAGCCAGAGUUAAGAAGGUAUUGGGAUUGAAGGAAUCGGUUUAUCAAGAAGUCUACCAUCCCAUAGCCAACAAGGAUAGUUGGACAAUAAUGCCGCUGCUUUUGAGACCCAGAUCUAGGGGUUCGGUCAAAUUAAGAUCAGCAAAUCCAUUUCACUAUCCCCUUAUCAAUGCCAACUACUUUGAGGAUCCGCUGGAUGCCAAAACCUUGGUAGAGGGCGCCAAGAUAGCUCUACGUGUGGCCGAAGCUCAGGUCUUUAAGCAAUUCGGUUCGAGAUUGUGGCGAAAACCUUUGCCUAAUUGCAAACAGCAUAAGUUCCUUUCGGAUGCUUACUUAGAGUGUCAUGUGAGAACCAUUUCGAUGACCAUCUAUCAUCCAUGUGGCACUGCCAAAAUGGGUCCAGCCUGGGAUCCCGAAGCUGUGGUUGAUCCCCGCCUACGAGUUUAUGGUGUUCGUGGCCUGAGAGUGAUUGAUGCUAGCAUUAUGCCAACGAUUAGUAGUGGCAAUACCAAUGCUCCAGUGAUAAUGAUAGCGGAAAAGGGCGCUGAUCUCAUCAAGGAAGAUUGGCUAACAAAUCCCGAGUACAAAGUCAAAAGGCAGGCACAAGUCAGAGAUGGUCAGCCAGCUGCUAGUAAUAUACAAAGCAUCAUCACCUUGCCCGCCAGCAACAUCAGUCAAAGUGACAGCAGCACCAGCACCAGCAGCAGCAGCACUAGCAACAUCAUCAGUGACAGGAGCAACAUUGAGAGCAAUUUCACCAACAGCAGUCACAUAAAUUUCAGUAACUUCAGUAAUAGCAGCGACAUCGACAGCAGCAACUUCACACUCAACUAUGCAGAUAGUUAGUGACUUUAAAUAGCAAACCGAGCUGUAAGUUAGCUCCAGAUUUUGUGCUCAGGGCUCUCAUUAGCUUUAAACACUCACAAAAGUGUCCACAACGAGAAAGAAGAAACAACACAAAAUUUGUGUUUGCCAUUGGCUAAAGUAACUUGUUGAGAUGGAAACUCUUUGGAUUGGAGGAUAACUCAACGGAAAGCCACAAUGUGAUUCAAAAUGCUGUAUAAAAUGCUUAGAAUUUCCCAGAAAUUUCCACCACUAGAACCAGAAGCUAUUAACUUACAUAACUUAUUCAUGAGAUCCACCAAAAAAUUUAAACAUUUUAAUGCGGCAAUCUUGUAAGCUGCCUAAACUUGUUUAUGGAAACAUUAAAAAACAACUGACGAUCAUAAAAAGGUUUAUAAUCUGGCAUUAAACUUUAUAUUUCCAACUGCUUUUAGUUCAAGAUUGAGAAGUAAACCAAAAGAAUGUUCUUCUUCCUCAAAAGUUAAAGCGGAAAAUGAAAAUGAUUCUUGACAGAAAAGGAGUUCCAAAAUCAUACUUCCCAUUGAAUCUCAUCAUCUGACGACGUCCUUAAAAAAACAUAAUUCACAACGAUCCAUUGCUAGACGGAAUCCAGAAAUCGAGUCAUAGAUUAAAUGCUUAACUAUCUUGUAUUCCUAGCUAUAAUAAUUAUUGUUGUUCUUCUUAUUUUUUCUUUUUUUUUUUUGUGUAUUAUUUAUAGUUCGUUAUGCUAAGUUAAUUUAAUAUUGUUUGACUAUUUAUAGGAGACACGCCCAUUGAAAGCAUUAUUUAAACGACAUUCUAUUUAAUAAAUUAAAUUUGCAUAAACAUUAAAAAGGCCGAAGGGUGUUGUUAUUCGCUGACAGCCGAAAAGCAGGCAACAGAAAUGAGGUAAGCAAGUUGAAAUAAAAACCAUUAACAGUGACUCAUUGCGUGGUUAAGUAUGUUUUGUAAAUGAAAUUUUUAAGGUGCCUAAACUAUGUUUAGUCUAAAAGAGUUACUAAUUAUUAAUCAUAAGUUAGUUAAGCUAAAAAUCCUUUACAGUUCCAAAGGAUUUCCACUUCGUUAACUAACUUUUGAUAGCACAAAUUCUUAAACUAAAAACCUAUAAAUAAUAUUACACUUUUCUUUAUAAAAAUUACAUCAUGAGCCAUGUUUGAUUGAUAGAUUACAUCACCAGUUACCAAAUAAAUGCCGCCCUUAGCCAAAAAUACUCAAUAAAAGACCCAGCCCAGGGGUUUACAUAGCAUAGCCUAACAUUUGGGCGCGGUAGUAAAAUUAAGGCCUACCAUCACGCAACAUUCUGGUGUAGAAA